GCGGGAGAACCCGAACAGACUCCUCAGUUUAAGGAAAAAUACACAAGGCGAAUUGUUUUAGGCGGAUUUUAGUGACAUGUUGCGACCAUUACUGUUCUCGUCAAACGUAAAUUGACCCCGGAUAUAGAUUCAAGGUUGCCAGUAGCAAAAUGCGGCGCUCAGGAGCUCCGAGCCAGCUCUCGGGUAAUGCUGUGAAAAAGCCCCGGUUUGUAGCCCCUGCAGCAUCUACUUCCUGUCUCAUUGCUGGAUUCAAGCCCCUCUCACCUAAACCUCGUUUGGGAAAUGCACUGGAAAAGGUCCAGAGAAGUCUAGCAGCACCAGCUAAGGGUAUAACAGAAUAUGAUGUUCUGCCCAAAGCUGCUCAGCCUGUUCCGACCUUAUCGAGGGCUCUGGCUCUUGUUCUCAGCACAGCAGAAAGUAAGGAAAAUGAGGCGUCAGACCAUCCCAACAACGGCUCAGAAGAGCACACAGAAAACCGCAGACCUGCAGGAGCGGAUGGAUACCCUCAGUUGACUCCCGGGUCUUCUCAAACCGCUCAGUCUGCCCCGAGUUCAGUCUGCGUCUCUGCGGCUGCGGACUCCGACUCGGCCUGCCGUCAGGACGCAGCGCGUUUCUUUAGUGUGAUGUGGUGUAAAGCCAGUAAGAAGAAACACAAGCGCUGGGAGGGCGACGCGGUCCUGGUCACCAGAGGACGCACAGCCACACUGAAAGACAUGGAGGGCAAGGACAUUGGAAAGGGAAGUGGCUACAAGGUGUCUGUGCUGGCCUCCCUGUCCGAGGGAGAGACCUUGAUGAUCGGAGGGAAGGAGGUGGAAGUGAUGGGGCUCAUAUCUGCGGAGGACUUCGCCAGGGGCCGUUGCUUUCAGGAGGUGGCGGUACAGAACGAGGAGCUGCGUAAUGCAGCUCCACCUCCCUCUCGUGGCUCAGUGUCUAAGCGUUUCUGCUCCCCGACGCUGUCUGGGAGAAAAGAACAUUCUGUGCCCAAACGGGAAGAGGAACAGACCUGCAGACCUCGCCACGACCCCCUGGCUCCAGGUGCGCUGGUGAUGCCUCGUCCCUCCGCCAAUCACCAGUGGUUGAACAACAAGUCUGGGCUCCCGGUGGUCGAUGUUGUUGUGGACCCGUUCCUGACCAAUCAGCUGCGUCCACACCAGAAGGAUGGCCUUCUCUUUCUCUACGAGUGUGUCAUGGGCUUGAGAGCUGCGGGUUGCUAUGGGGCCAUCCUGGCGGACGAGAUGGGUCUGGGGAAGACCCUCCAGAGCGUGGCACUCUCCUGGACACUGCUCAAACAAGGACCGUAUGGAGGGAGAGCCGUCGCUAAGCGCGUCCUGGUGGUCACACCAGGCAGCCUGGUGCACAACUGGGCGGCAGAGUUCAACAAGUGGCUGGGCCGCGAGAGGAUCAGCGUCUUCAGUGUGGAUCAGGACCACCGGAUAGAGCAGUUUGUGAUAUCCCCUCUGCACAGCGUUCUUGUGAUCAGCUAUGAAAUGCUGCUGCGCUCCCUCGAGCAGGUUCAGAAAGUGGAGUUUGGUCUUGUGAUUUGUGACGAGGGCCACAGACUGAAGAACAGCAGCAUCAAAACGUCCUCGGCCCUCAGCAGCUUGAGCUGUAGUCGCAGAGUCAUACUGACAGGCACCCCAGUACAGAAUGACCUGCAGGAGUUCUAUGCUAUAAUAGAGUUUGUGAACCCGGGGAUCCUCGGGUCGUCCACUGCGUACAGAAAAGUCUACGAGGAGCCAAUUCUGCGCUCCAGGCAACCCUCCUGCUCGGAGGAGGAGAGCGUUUUGGGAGAGGAGCGGGCCGCGGAGCUCUCGCGCCUGACCGGCAUGUUCAUCCUGAGACGGACAAAGGAAAUCAUCAACCGCUACCUGCCUCCACGACUCGAUUGGACGUUGUUCUGCAAACCGUGCCCUCUGCAGCGGGAGCUGUACACGCAGCUUCUCGCCCACAGAGUCUUCAGAGACUGCCUUCAGGGCUCCACGCAAACCCACACACACCUGGCCUGCAUCACCGCGCUGAAGAAGCUGUGCAACCACCCUGGUCUGCUCUACUCCUCUGCCAAGGAAAAAGCAGACCUUUGCUCCGCAGAGAACUCUUUAUACGAGGGCUUGGUUCAGCUCUUCCCAGAGUCCUACUCUUCGGGUGGAUUCAACACAGCCGACUCUGGAAAACUUCUGGUUCUGACGGACUUGCUGUCUGCCAUCAUACAACUCGGCCCGUCAGACAGGGUGGUUGUAGUAUCCAACUACACUCAGACACUUGACCUGCUCCAGGACUUGUGUGUGCACGCGGGCUACACCUUCUGCCGACUAGACGGCCACACCCCCACCAACCAGAGACAGCGGCUGGUUGACGGUUUCAACAGUGCCUACUCUCAGAACUUUGUGUUUCUGCUGAGCUCCAAAGCAGGAGGCGUGGGGCUUAAUCUGGUGGGAGCUUCCCACCUGGUGCUGUAUGACAUUGACUGGAACCCUGCUAAUGACAUUCAGGCCAUGGCUCGAGUGUGGAGAGAUGGACAGAAGAAGCCUGUGCACAUCUAUCGUCUCCUCACUGCAGGCACUAUUGAGGAGCGGAUAUUCCAGAGACAAGUGUCCAAACAAGGGCUCUCUGGGACAGUGGUUGACCUGGGCAAAAGGGCGGAGCACACCAGCUUCUCCACCAGCGAACUGCGAGAUCUUUUCAGCCUGACUGACACGCUCUCUCUGACACACGACUUGCUGAACUGCAGCUGUGUCAUGGACGGCUCGGCCCAGCCUGUCUUGGAGGAAGAGCAGCCGGUGUCUGAUAGGCCGUGCCAGCUCGGUCGUCAAGGCGACCGCGGAGGGGCGCCGCAGAAGCAUCUCAGCAUGUCGGAGCUGAUGCAGUGGAGACAUUUCUCUGGUGACACGCACAGCUUCUCAGACCCUUACCUUGACCUGGCACGAAACCACAUCACCUUCGCCUUCCAGACCACCAUCUCUCACACAGCGCCCUGAAACUGGUGCUGGAUCACAUUGUAGAUGAAGAACACACACACACACUUCCAUAUGUUUGUAUUCAGGCUCACUGGACUUUGUCACCGGAUGCAACAGAAAGCUAAACUCAAAAGUGUUGCCAACAGCAGUAAAUAAGCAACAUCUGUCCGAUCUUGUGUAUUGUCCUCUGCGUUUUCUUUAUUUAUUGAAAGACAUUUACGAUAAAACAUUGUUAAAUGAAUGGUAUUCAAAAGGAAUUUGUGUAAUAAACAGUUUUUUAACCAGU